AUGCUAUAAUCUUUAAUUCGCUUUUCUUUUAGUAAAUUUGUUCCCUCAAAAGUCACUUGUUGGAAUUGUAAAUCAAAUGAGUUUAUAAACAGAUUCAUUUGUGGAUAGUGCAAAUAUUUAAAAGAGCCAUCUCUUCAAUUAUAAAAUGUUAAUUACUUUGAGCUUUUUGAUUUGCCAAUUAAGAUUAAUGUAGAGACAAGAUAUUUAGAAGAUAAAUAUAGAUCAUUGCAAUUAAAAUUUCAUCCUGACAGAUUUGUGACUAUGCCUCCAAUCAAUAUUUCUUAUAGUCAAGAAUACUCUGCUUUCAUUAAUGAAGCUUAUUCAGUAUUGAAAAAUAUUCAUGAGAGAGCAGAGUAUAUUGUAAACUUUUUAAUUAUAAUUUAGUUAUCUUUAAAGGGAUUUUAAAUUAAGGAAUGUAGUGUUCUAUUAGACCUAGAGUUUAUGGAAGAAAUCUUAGAAUUACAAUCACAAGUGUAAAGAAGUGAAAAUAUAAACUAAAUUAACCUAAAGAAUAAUUAAGAGAUUGAAAAAAUGACAUAAUAAAUUAUUUCAGAUAUCUCAAAUGAACAAUAUGAAAAAGCUUAUGAAAUCAUAUUAUAUUUAAAAUACAGACAAAGAUUAAGGGAUUAGAUUUUAUUACAUAUCUGA